UAGUCGACACUUAAAACACAUUGGUAUGAUGCACGGGUUUCAGGGACAGUGACUGUUGGUUCUUUCUUUAUUUUUUUCUUGAUUCAUAGUAAUUUUCCAGAAAUAUGUGCUACUUUGUGAUCCAUUUUGUUUUCCAGUCGUGUCUGUUUUCCCGCCGAGCCUGUUGCUAACUUACCACCACUCGUUCCAAAAUGACUCUUCCAGUUUUACACCACACCGGCGUGUUUUACAGAAGGAUUCUCUCACAGUUUCCACAAGAUAUCAGCUUAGCUUUUGCAUAUGGGUCCGGAGUGUUUAAACAGCAGGGCACCAGUCAAGGUCAAAUGGAGAAGAACAUGUUGGACUUUGUAUUUGCGGUGGACGAUCCUGUGACGUGGCACACCAUGAAUCUCCUGCAGAACCGCAAACAUUAUUCCAUCCUCAAGCUGCUGGGCCCCACUAAGAUCAGCUCCAUACAAAAUGAUCAUGGUGCAGCAGUUUACUACAACACACUGGUACCUGUGGAUGGCAGGUUAAUCAAGUAUGGUGUGAUUAGUACAGAGUCUCUGAUAGAUGACCUCAUGCAUUGGAAGACAUUGUACGUUGCUGGACGCCUUCAUAAACCAGUAAAAAUGCUGGUACAGAAUGAGAACGGGAAGCUACGGGGUGCUCUCGUGUCCAACCUUAAAAGUGCUGUCACAGCCUCGUUCCUCAUGCUGCCAGAGAGUUUCAGUGAGGAAGACCUCUUUUUGCAGAUAGCUGGUCUUUCCUAUGCAGGAGAUUUUAGGAUGGUAAUCGGAGAGGACAAAUCAAAAGUGGCGAAUAUCGUCAAAGACAAUAUUCAGCACUUCCGAAUUCUGUAUAACAACAUUCUACAGGACUGUCCUCAAGUUGUCUACAAAGCUGGACAAGGAAAACUGGAGGUAGAUAAAAGUCCCGAGGGCCAAUUCAUCCAGCUGAUGGCGCUGCCCCGUACCCUCCAGCAAAGGAUCACAAAGCUGGUUGACCCUCCGGGAAAAAACAGAGAUGUUGAAGAGAUCCUGUUAAAAGUGGCUCAAGACCCAGACUGUGGCGCUGUCGUACAACAAGGUAUCUCAUCCAUUGUGAAAUCCUCUAGCAUAGCACAGAGUGUGAAAGGCAUCGCAACAGCCGGCUUGUGGAAGACGGCAUCAUACAGUUCCAAGAAGCUACUGAAGAUGUGGAAGGGCUGGCGAAGGAAGCUGUCUGUGUCACACAUGUCCUGAACCAGUUAACGUCCAUCCUGUGUACAAAUCCACUCAGGUUGUCAUGGUGGUGGAGGAUGAUGCCACACUUCUGAUACCUCCAACUCCUCCAUUGGUUCUUGAACUGUGAUACUGAAGUUCUGUUGGAGCUUUUGAACUAAAGUCUAAUUCCUUGAUGUUAAUUGGGGCCUCUUUCCAAUGUAACCAUGGACAGUUGUAUUUAAUGUAAAACUAAUUUCCUUAAUACAUUUUCUGAAAUGUUCCAUAUAUUCCUGUUCUGUGACUGAGAUUGAAUGACUGUCUUCUUCUUUAUCUUUCGGCUGUUCCCGUUAGGGGUCGCCACAGCAGAUCAAUCGUUUCCAUCUCACCCUGUCCUCUGUAUCUUCCUCUGUCACACCAACCACCUGCAU